AUGUUCAGCCCGGACGGGGGGCUGCCGGCCGCCCCUUUCGGCCUGCUGCCCGACGGCGGCCCGCCCUUCUCCCGCGGCGCCUACGACGGCGCCCCCGCGCAGCAGCUCUUCUUCCCCUUCGCCACCGAGCCCGACGGCGGCCGCGACGCGGCGUCCGCGGAUGCACCAACCUCAGAAGAGCUGGAGCAGUUUGCCAAGGACCUCAAGCACAAGCGCAUCAUGCUGGGCUUCACGCAGGCUGACGUGGGGCUGGCUCUUGGCACUCUCUAUGGGAAGAUGUUCAGCCAGACAACCAUCUGCCGCUUCGAAGCCCUCCAGCUCAGCUUCAAGAACAUGUGCAAGCUGAAGCCGCUGCUGCAGCGCUGGCUCAACGAGGCAGAGAACACGGACAACAUGCAGGAGAUGUGCAAUGCAGAACAAGUGUUGGCUCAAGCCCGGAAGAGAAAACGCAGGACCAGCAUUGAGACCAACGUCAAGGGCACGCUGGAGAGCUUCUUCCGCAAGUGUGUGAAGCCCAGUCCCCAGGAGAUCUCCCAGAUCGCCGAGGAUCUCAACCUGGACAAAGACGUGGUCCGGGUCUGGUUCUGCAACCGGCGCCAGAAAGGCAAGCGGCUGCUGCUGCCCUUCGGCAACGAGGCGGAAGGGGUGAUGUACGACAUGAACCAGUCGCUGGUGCCUGCCGGCCUGCCCAUCCCGGUGACGUCCCAGGGCUACAGCCUCGCUCCGUCCCCUCCGGUCUACAUGCCACCCUUCCACAAGGCCGAGAUGUUCCCUCCAGCUCUGCAACCCGGGCUCUCCAUGAGUAACAGCAGCCACUGA